UCAUGAAAUCGGUUCUUCCGCUGCCGGUAGAGUGAACGUGAAAGUGCCAAGAAGGAGAAGAAGAGGAAGAAGAAGAGGAAGAAGAAGAAAAGAGGCAAUAACGUCGAAACGACCACAGAUAGGCUUUAUAUGACAGAGAGUGACAGCCGACACACAUAGAAACCAUCGCGUCCGAGAGCUGUGAGAGUCCCCCCCACUCAAGUCGACCGACAAUGGCUGUGAACGUUUACUCAACCUCAGUGACCAGCGACAACUUAAGUCGCCAUGACAUGUUGGUCUGGAUCAACGAGUCUCUACAGAUGAACCUCACCAAGAUAGAAAUGUUGUGUACAGGUGCUGCCUACUGCCAGUUCAUGGACAUGCUGUUUCCCAACUCUGUGCCUCUGAAGAAAGUUAAAUUCGGUGCCAAGCUGGAGCAUGAAUACAUCCAUAACUACAAGCUUCUGCAGGUUUCCUUCAAAAAGAUGGGAGUCGACAAAAUCAUUCCAGUAGACAAACUGGUGAAGGGGAAGUUCCAGGACAACUUUGAGUUUGUCCAGUGGUUUAAGAAGUUCUUUGAUGCCAACUACGAUGGGAAGGAGUACGACCCAGUGGAGGCGAGACAGGGACAGGAUGCCAUGCCCACCCCCAACUCUGCCAUGUCAGCUCUCAACAAACCCCCUAAAAAGGCCCUCAGUCAAGCUCCCCAGAGGCCACCCGUUGCUAAAGUAGCACCCAAAUUGGCUAACGUCAGCGCAAGGAAGCCUGGGAUGGGAGGAGGUGACGAGGAAAGGGCGGAGCUCCUGAAUGAGAUGGAGAUCCUGAAAUCUACCAUUCAGGACAUGGAGAAGGAGAGAGACUUUUAUUUUGGUAAGCUGAGGAACAUCGAGCUGAUUUGCCAGGAGAAGGAAGGAGAGGGCGACCCCACGCUGCAGAGGAUCAUAGACAUCCUCUACGCCACAGACGCUUCGGAGUUGAGACCAACCGACUUUUAAAGACCAAAAGGGAGGGUUUCGUGAUACCGGAUGCAGAGGAGCAGGAGGAGUUUUAAUAUUCAAGACUGCAAGCAACUUUUCACUUAGAUGCCCUGGUCUACAAACCCACCUCGAGAUCCUUCCUCAAGCCAAGACAGCCAGUUUGGUUUUAUAUCCCAACACCAAACUAGAUCUCGACUUGUGGCUCCCUUCCCUUCCCGCCUUGCCCGUACCCCUCCGCCCCCCAGCCUGCCGGACUUCUUCGUCCUCUAGCCUUCAGCCGCCGUACAGCUCAGCUCCUUCUGUGCUGAAACAUCUUUAACCAAUAAUCCACAAAGCCUCGGUCACAGCCUCUUCCUCCUACACACCUGUCAGUCUCCCCCUCCCCCCUCCCUCCCUCCCUCCCUCACCUGUAACCCCAUCCUUUCCCAAACCAGAUCAAGCAGUACAUAUCUGGUUUUUGUAAUGGACUUGAGUGUGAAAAACACGGUGAUGUUCUCUGUGUGUGCGUGUGUGUGUGUGUGCGUGUGUGUAUACGUGUGUGUGCAUGUGUGUGUGGUUGUAUGUUUAAAAAUCAAUUUGAAACAAAUCAAACGUGAAGAACCUCCUCCGAAGAUCCGGCUGUCAGUUCACCGGUCACUUUGUCCCAAACUAACCCCGAUUGUAUUUUUUAUGUUUGAUGGCACUGCCGCCAUUUUGUGCCUCUCCUGUUGACACUGAAUUUUAUUCAUUUGAAGGAAGAUGUAUGUACAGAAAUGAGUAAAAAAAAAAGAAAAGAUAACACAUUCCCAACUAGAAGGAACCUGGUUUUGCGUUAUUAGGAACCAAAUCUGAAGUGUAUUUUGUAUUUUUGCCAAUUUCAGUCAGGCUAACUAUAAUUGUGCUUUUGAAAUAGUAAAAAUUUGAACCUGCAGGCGUUUCUGAGUGAGGAGAAAGCCGCCUCUGGACAGCACACGUUAACACUGAAGGGCUCAGGGUUUAGUCUGGGACAAGGCAACAGUCGGGUCUUCUCUCGGCCUUUUUUUUUUCCCACCUCUGACUAAUUGUCUCCACCAAGGACCCCAUCCUGAUUUUGUCCUGUUCAGCUUCAAAAGAGCUUUUGUAAAUGUAUGCUACUGUUUUAUCACAUUGUCUCCCCCCCCCCACUCCAUUUCAUUAUUUCUUUUUGUUUGUCUUGUUUUCCUUGUCGAAUGUUUUGAAACCUUUUGUUUUUUUUGGCACCUGUCCGUCAUGCUCUCGACUUUAUACAUUAGUUUUCUAGAGUUUUUCUCUCACGCUCACUGAAUGGUCGCUCUGUUGGAAAGAUUGUGUGCACAAACUUGUUUUCCCAGCCAACGACAAUAGAGAGAAUCGCUUUCAGAAAAUCAGCAUAUCAGUUGUCUUUUUGCUCCCACUCGACCUUGGUGUUCACGUUUCAGACUUCCUAAAUGUGCAAUUCUUAACUCCAGGAUAGUCGCUCACUCCUCGAGCCGAUAUGUGAGCAACACGCCGCCAACUUUUAGCCCCCAAAAAAGUGCAAAAAAAGUUAGAAACUGAUUGUUUUGUACGUCUGUUUUGAGGCACAUGCACUGUUUUAUACCAGUGGCCCUUAAUCAGCCCCCGGCCAAUAGAAACUAGUUCCUGAAGGGCGAUGGGAGAUCCCUACCAGCCACAUUGCAAACACUGUGAGCUCCGACCGCGGCCGAUCAGUUCGCUACAUGUAGCCGACCACAGUCGAGACGUUCGUCUGAUAUCUGCCCGGCAGUCGGGUGGACCGAUGAAUCUUCUGCUCUGAUUAUGUUGGAUUUAGUUUUUCCCAAAGCUGUUUAAAACCAACGUGGGAUCAAUGAGUUGAUGCCUGCCACACUGAAGGCUGAUUCCUUUCUGUAAAUGUAACACAGGUGUCCCCCUUCCCUCCCUUUUUUUUGUUUGUUUUCUAUUUCCACACCCUGAUUGACCAAUUUUAAUACUAAUAUUGUAUAUUGUGGAUCUAAUUUGAGACCAGUUUUUCCACUGUACUGUGUAAAAAAAAUGUCAUGUUUGACCUAAUUUGAACGCACUAGUGUUAAUUCCACACAAACCCUGUUAACAGCAACUUGUUGUUAUUGGACUCCAUAACUUUAUCAAUGGCCUUAAUCAUAAACAAUACUUUUUUUUUUCAUAAGCAAGCAUUUUUCAUAGCUUUUUUUUUAAAUUUUACUUUAAUGUAAGUCUGCUGUUUUUGGGGCAAAUGUUUGUACUGUUAGUCAUUUUUUAUGUGUUCUGAAAAUAAACAACAUUGGAGGUAUUUUGGACAAAAGCUCAGAUGUGUCAGGAUGCAGCAGACCACCUGUCUUCCAUCAAAAAGCUCAUAAAGCAAACAAAAAAAUAUAUAUAUAUUUAUGGUUGUUUCAUAUUAGUUUCACAUAAUUUGUUGUUUUUUUGUUGCCACCUGUUUAGCUAGAAGAUGUAAGUUUGUGUCUGCAGUGAUUUUAAAUGUAGACUCGUAUCACCGCUGCAGACUCAAACAUAUUCUGUAGUGUUAAAUUAAAGAUCAAUUGGCCUUGA